UAUGAAAUUAUGGACCAUGUUAAUUUUGUCCUAAAAAAGUCCUAAACAACCUCUAUAUUGAACAUUUGUUCUGUUCUUUUACCCAAAAUUAAGGAUCUUUUUCUUUCUACUCUUUCCUUUUCUUUCUUUUUUGCCAAAAGAAAAAACUUUCUAUUUCAUUUCUUUCAGAAAAACACCAAAAUUGUAUUGCUAGAUACUCAAAUGGCGAAUUCGGCAUCAGGAAUAGCAGUGAGUGAUGAAUGCAAGCUGAGGUUCUUGGAGUUGAAAGCAAAGAGGAACCAUAGGUACCUAGUUUUCAAGAUUGAUGAAUCUGUUCAGCAAGUUGUGGUUGAGAAAGUUGGUGGACAGACGGAAACACAUGAUGAUUUUGCUAAUAGCAUGCCUCCAAGUGAAUGUCGUUAUGCUGUUUUUGACUAUGAUUGGACUACUGAUGAAAAUGUCCAGAAAAGCAGGAUCUUCUUUGUUGCUUGGUCACCAGAGACAGCAAGGGUGAGAAGUAAGAUGUUGUAUGCAAGUUCGAAAGACAGAUUCAGGAGAGAAUUAGAUGGUGUCCAAGUUGAACUUCAAGCUACUGAUCCAAGUGAGAUGAGUUUGGAUACCUUUGUUGGAAGAAUCCAUUAAUCUCUCUCAAUUUCACAUACUUUUUGGGCCUCUAUUCAUUACUAUAUUAAGGGCAAUUUCACAUACUUUUUGGGCCUCUAUUCAUUACUAUAUUAAGGGCUUUUUUAACAUGUUUAGUCGCUGGCCCAGAAAUAAUUAGACUCCCUCACCAAUAUACAAAAAAUAUAUACAUAAAACUAAUGUAUAAAAUAUGUAUAUUUUUUGUAUAUUAUAGGUAAUAUGCAGAAAAUAUACAUUUUACUGUCUAUUAUUUUGGUGGGCAACUAUUAAAAAAAAAUCUUAUUUAAUUUGCCUUUUGGA